AUGGAUAAUACAAUUGAUACUAUUUUUGAUACAUACGCAGAACCUAUUGACGGGGUAGGAUAUACACAUCCUGCAACCAUUUCAGAUCAUCAUCGAAGGUUUGACGACUUAGAACCAACAAGUUCCUAUGAAAACUAUUUAUCUGUUAUUGCUGAUAACAAAUCUCGAAUCAAAUUAUGGAUAGCGUUCACUACCGUUACUUUAUUAGCAUGUGCAUUGACAGCUGGGCUAACGUACAUUGUGAUACAUUCUAAUAUCAAAGUGAAUAUUCCUUCAAAAGAAAACGAAAAUAACGGAAAUGGAAACCAAGGUUUCCAGAUAUCAGACAGUUGGACAAAAUGUCCAAAUGACUGGAUGAAUUUCGAUGAUUGGUGUUAUAAAGAGUUUUCAGAACGGCGGACAUGGUUUAAAGCUCGUGAUUAUUGUCGUAGUAUUGGAACUGAUCUUGUUAGUAUUCAUAAUGAAAAGGAAACCAAUUUUCUAAUCAACAGUUUCACCCAGACUUUUCUGUGGACAGGACUCAGCAAUUUAGAAAACAAUGGUAAGUAUAUGUGGAGUGACGGCACGAGUUUGGAUUAUACUCAUUGGAGACCAUUAGAACCGAACAACUUAAAUAAUAACGAAAACUGUGUACACCUUUAUCAUUCAAACUCUAGAAAGUGGAAUGACAACAACUGUUUUAUGUCGUUGAGGUUUAUAUGCAAAUUGCAGAUUUAUCCAAGAUGUGGGCAUGGUGUGUGGGUAUAUUAUAAGAAUUCGUGUUAUUCAAUUAAUACAUUACUUGUUGUUACUUUUACAGAAGCCCGUACUCUUUGUAAAAACAAUGGUUCAGAUUUAGUUAUCAUUGGGUCUAAAGAGGAAUCUAAUUUCAUAAUAAGUCAAACUACAAGGUACCCAGAUGCUAAUUUCUGGAUUGGAUUACAGAAACUAAGAAAUCAGCCGUACAUAUGGAUAGAUGGCAGUCAUCCUACGUACCUCAUCUGGGGUAUAGAUGAACCCAAAGCAGAUAAGAACUUAUGUGUCAAAUCAUCUACCAUGUAUGGAAAUUGGAAUGGUGAUAGUUGCAGCAAUCAAAAUGGUAUUGUUUGUGAGAAACAAUUACUUAGAAAUGUAUAA